AUGGCCCUUCGACAGAGUACUGCCUGCCUUAUGAGGACCACGACCCGUGUUCUCGUCCACGGAGACGGCGCUGGCAAGUCCGGCGGCACCGGAGGCUCCAUCCGCGAUGCCGGUGGCGCUUUCGGAAAGAUGGAAGCCGCGCGCGAGGGCGAGUACUUCCACAAGCUGCAGCAAAAGCAAAUCGACGAGCUGAAGAAACAUCUUUCGGAAACCGUCGCCCAGACUGAGGCCCAAUUGAAGCAACACCAAGAAGCCCUGAACCGCCACAAGAAGGCGUUGGCCGACCUCGAAAAAGCCGGCAAGAAA